AUGGAGAUUAUAAAGGGUAAACCUAUAAGAAUUGUUAAAUCUUCUAUUGAUAAUGAGGAUAAUGUUGACAUUGAUAAAUACAUUCCUGAAGAACUUGAAUACCUUAAAUGUUUUAUAACUUCGGUUUUAUCGGGACAUGAUUCCUCUAGAUUCUGCAGAUUAAAGAUACAACAGUUUUUAGAAGAAUGCGUUUCUUAUGGGAAAUCACAUUUUUUAAUAAAGGAAAUAGAUCAGCUGCUUGAGGAGUUGAUCAACCAGAUGCUCAAAAAAAUCAAUGACGAACCUUUUGAAAACGAUCCUAAAAAUGAGUUGAAUACAAUUUCUCUAGAAUUUGUUGACGAGGAAUUGAAAUCGAGUCCACAUUAUUAUGCCUUGACAAAGUUUGAGAUAUGUUGGUGUAACGUUCGUCUCGCACUGAGCGAUUUGACUAAAAUCUGCAAUCCUCUUGAGUCUAGCCUGUUUAAAUCGAGCUCCGGAUACACAAUAUUAGAUAAAGCAAUAUCGCACUUUUUAAGAGAUUCAGUUGAGAGAAAGAAGCUUUACGAAGAUAUAGAAACAGGAUUGUUGGCUCUGGUAUACAGAUAUAGAUCAGGCAAUAAAGUAAACUUUUGUCAACUCUAUAACGUUGUUGAGAUGUUCAGUUGCAUAGAGUUGUUUGAGCAGUUUGAAAAUAAACUGCUUGAGGAAACGUCAAGAUAUUAUAGCAAUUUGUCAUCUGAGCACCUGAAGAAGUCGUCAUUCUCAGAAUGUUAUCGUAAAUUCAAUGAGACAAUAGAGUCUGAGAAAAAAGCAUGCCUUUACUAUCUGACAGAUGAAUCGGCGAAUAAGGUGAUUGAAGUGGUUAAAAAGGAGCUUUUGUUUAACAACUGCGAAAACCUGGUGAACCCUGAAAAUCUUAAGCUACUUUUGAAGAAUAAUGAUACGGACUCGAUACUGUUGGUUAAUUCACUGUAUGUUAACACUAAAUUUAACCAACUCCUGUUUGAUAACAUCUUCACUUCAUCAAAGGAUAUUUGUAAUGAGAUAGUGUCUUUGUAUUUGAACAGAAAGAACUACGACGAGUGCCACUCAUUUGCGGAAGAUUUGAACAACUAUCAGAAAAAAUUGGACACUUUGUUAAAGCCAAUAAUGAAAUCUAGUGAAUAUAUAGUCAGAUUAAAUAAUUUUUGGACGACGAUUUUGAACAAAGAUGAUAACACAAUAGAAUAUGUAACGUUAUCGUUAGCAAAGCACGCCGAUGAACUUUUCAUUGAGUAUUCUAAAGAAGCCAUUGAAAGUAAACUUAAGUUUGUACUCCAUAUAUUUCAAUAUCUAUCGAACAAGUCGUAUUUUGAGCAAUGUUAUCGAAAUAUGCUGUCGAUGAGACUGUUGUACCACAAGCAGUUGAGUGAAGUACACUACGAGACCGUUGGAAUGUUGAAGCAGGAAUGCGGCGUUAAUUACUCGUGUAAAUUGAGAGACGUGAUUGAUUUUUACGAAAGAUCAGCAAGCUUAUUGGUGGAUUUCAAGGAUGCACUGAAUGAUUUAAAUUUCUCAGUUAUAUUGAUAUCGCAGGACUCGUGGAUUUAUAAGAAGAUCAAUAUCACUAAAUCUCCAGAGUCGUAUGAAUCAUUCGAGAACGCAGAGGUGCUCGAAGGGAAGGCGGAAGAGCCUGAUUUGACGAAUAAUAAACUUGGUGGCGAUGAAAACCUGAACCUAUUGCUCUUUUUGCAAAACCGCUUUGGAAAUUACUACCUUAACAAGUUCAAGAAGAGGAGCAUUGAGUACUACCCGCAGCUGGGAUCAGCGGAACUGGAGUUCACCUUCAAGGGGAAGACCUACGACCUACAAUUAUCGAUAUUUCAAGCCUACUGCUUACUGUUGUUUAAUAAUUACAAAUAUGUUAAUUUGAAACACAUAGAAGAUGUUGUUAAUUCAGACUACAACGAAGCAUUGUUGCGGAAUCACUUGGCCUUGUUGAAUAGUCUACCAACGCCUUUGAUUAAGUUUUACUCCGAGUCGAUUGACUUCAAUACCUGCAAUAAAAAUGACUAUUUUGAGCUUAAUUCGGAUUUUCAUCACAGUGACACCAGUAUUGACUUUAGACCAAACAAGCAGGACUUGUUUAGGCUGGACAUGAACUACGUGACCACGGGUCGCACGUUUGAGGACCUGCUUCCUUAUAUUGAGUCAACCAUCGUCAGGUACCUCAAGCAGACCCUUGAGGCCUCAAGUGUUACUGUGUUUAAGCUGUUCAGCAAAAACCCAAACUUUACUCUCACCAGGGACCAGUUCAACAAGGUGAUCGACUCCCUGGUAUCCAGAGAGUUCAUACAGUUCAACAAAACCAACAAGGAGUUCCUCCAAUACAUAGCUUGA